ACUUUAGCUUUCGAGCGACGAGCGCGAGCGGCUGGGCAUCCUCAUGGCGUCGUCGAUCGGGAACACGGCCAUCAAGCGCAUCCGAGCGGACGUCCGCGAAAUGAUGACCGACCCAAGCGACCAGUACUUUGCUGCGCCACUCGAGAACAACAUGUUUGACUGGCACUUUACCAUUCGAGGACCGCGCGACACGGCGUUCGAAGGCGGAAUCUUUCAUGGGCGCAUCCUUCUGCCAUCCGAGUACCCGUUCAAGCCACCGAACAUCAUCCUGCUUACGCCCAAUGGUCGCUUUGAAGUCAAGAAGAAGAUUUGCUUGAGCAUCUCUGCGUACCACCCUGAACAUUGGCAGCCGGCUUGGGGCGUUCGCCUCAUCUUGGAGGCGCUCAUUAGCUUCAUGCCGACGAAAGGCGAAGGUGCGAUCGGUGCCCUUGACUUUAAUGCGGACGAACGCAAGAAGCUCGCAGCCGAGUCGGUACACUGGUCAUGCCCGCAGUGUGGCAGCAUCAAAGACUUGAUCCCGGAAGAGACGGCGCGGGAUUCGCCGCCUGUCGAGUCCAAGUACGCGUCCCAGAUCGCGCAGCUCCAUAUCCACAACAUGGAGGGCGGCGCGCCGUCAUCGCCGCCAGACGAAGCAAAGGAAGAAGGGAGCGAGCCAUCCUCGUCUGAUACCGCUGCUGCGUGCGAGAACGACCAAGUCGUUGCGAGCAAUCCAGUACCGGUCGCAGCACCCACGCCGGCCCCUGCUCCGGUUGCCGCUGCAAUGGAACCGACACCCGUCGCCCGCACCGCAGCACCAGCUCCAGCCCCCGCACCGACCGUUCCAACGUCACGGGCAGUGCAGAGCGACGUGGUCGACAAUAUCCUCCAAGGGGUUGGCACGGCGCUCAUCGUCGCCCUGCUUGCACUGCUGUACAAGAAGCUGCUGCAGUUAAACGGAUCCAUCGAGUAGGCGCUAAUGACAAGACGACCACAUUUUGUAUUCCUCGACCAGUGGUCAACCGAAUGCGUUGUGCGACCACC